UUUUGGGGUUGGCUCUUCCCUGUUACUGAUUGUUUUAUCAAUCAACAAUGAUCAGCAUUAAAAUCAAUUGAAUUUCAAGCAUACUGAUGAUUGGUGUAUUGGAUACUAAUUCUAUUUGGUAAAAAAAGAAAGUUAAUGUCUUCAAUAUCUUGGCCUAGUGGAAGUUAUUGGAAGAGCCAAAUCUAAAAAUUUGUGUAGUUUUGCCAGAUAGCAACCUAUACAAGUAGUUGAAAAUCAAAAUUCCAGUGCUAUAUUAUUUCAUCUUCUUGUCCUUUGAUCAAAUGAGAAAUCAUAAGGUUCAAUGUCAAUUUCAUGUUGUAAUAACAGCUUGUUGUUGUUUCACCACUAGCUCUAGGACAUAACCCAAAAAAGCCUUGAAGGACCCAUUAAAAAGCCUAAACGGCUAGAAUCAGACCCAAAAAGAUGAAAACAAUGCCCAAUCUAACCCACGAUCAUUUCGGGAUAUGGUCAAAGAUCAGGAAAUUCCCAAGCCUUAAAUCGGCCCAAACUUAGCCCAAAUGGCUAAAAGUUUGUAUUAAGUUCUUGGAAUUCAUUGCGUAGUUGCAUGACUUUCUCACAUUGGAGCUUCAAUUCAAAGCACUUGCUUGUUCUGGAUUGGUUUUUGACUGCUUUGGUUGUCCACUUUUAUGGCAUCCUGUGGUUAAUAUUACCUUGAACUUGAGUUAAAUGAAUAGAACAAAUAGUUUCCACAUCAAGUAUGGGCCAAGGAGUCUCAUUUGAGCUUGUGAAAGAUGUAGAGUUGAAGGAAUCCAAGUUCAUGACCACAUCCUCCAUUAUCCCAACCCAAGGUUCCACCACUUAACUUUCUACUAUAUUCCUCUACUUUUGCUUAUUCUUUCACCACCACAGAAACUCCCCGCAGUGAUGCCGAUAACUACUCGGAUUUUCCCUUUUAAGUGACCUCUCUACCCCUCUAUCUCUCUUUCCCCCACUCUAUCUAGCCAUGGCCGACAACUUCUCAUUUUGUCUCAUAGGAGCCAUGGAUAGUCUUUGGUUUCACGAAGUUAUUCUCUUCUCAGAACCCUUUUCACUAUAUUUCCCUAAAACUCUUAAACCACGGCUGCCCUACUCAGAAUAUAGUACCACUACCACUACUACAAGCCCAUCAUCAAGCCUCUCUUUAUCAUCUCUUGCAGAAGAUAUCUCAACGGCUGUUUGUCCUCUCCUUCACCAAGGAAACUCUGCAAUUCCAUCUCCACUAACUCCACUGGAUGAUUCUAAAAAUGAGGAAGAAGUGAAGAAAAGACCAACAAGAGUGACUCUUAACUCUAGUAGAAGUCGUUCGCAUUCUUCAUCACCAUCAACUCAAAAACGUCAGAUCAGGAAUCACAGACUCUCAACUUCAGGUUCGCUUGCGGGUAAACUGCAAAAAUCCACGAGUUGUAGGAGCUUGAAAGAUUUGGAACUAGAAGAAGUAAAAGGGUUCAUGGAUCUUGGUUUUAUAUUCAAGAAAGAACACUUAAAUGCAAGAAUGAUUAGUGUUCUCCCUGGCGUCCUCAGACUUGGAUUUUUCAAAACUGAACUGAAUCGUGCUGCUGAUGAACUACCUAAAGAUGAUGAUAUUGAACAAGGGGAAGGGAAAGGUGUUAUAAGGCCAUAUUUAUCAGAGGCUUGGCUGAUUAAAAGACCUGAUUCUCCAUUGCUGAAUAUAAGAGUACCGAGGGUCACUGCAGCUGCUGAUAUGAAGAAACAUCUCAAGUUAUGGGCUCGAACUGUUGUGUCUGUAGUUCAGCAGGAAUGCUAAAUGUAAAAUCUUGUAAAUUUUCCAUUAAAAAAAAAAAAAAGAGACUGUCAAAUCUAGCAAACAACAACUAGCUAGCUGCAACUGCUACUGCAACUGUAUAAAAAAAAAAAGGAGAUUGUAAUAAAGAUAGUAUGCUAUAAAUAAAGAGAUGAGUCAAAUGCUCUUUUUAAACCACUUGUGUUUAAGGUAAGUGAAAAAUUGGAACUAGGAUCUUUUUUCUUUUGUUUAUAUUAAGUCAUCCAAUUUCCUGAAGAGCAAGAUGAUCAGGACGGUCCUACCAUGUUGUGGGUUGAGACAGAAGAACCAAAGAUGGCUUCCAAGAACAGCCAAGAGCUCCAUUUUCACUGUUCCAUCCCCAGUUUUGUCUUCAUUUGAUUCUGAGAGUUGCGUUACUCAUGUGUCGUUUCUGUGAGAUGUCGAUAUCAUGUCCUCCAUGCCAUGCCCAUACAUUUAUGAUCAUGGUUUUCUUAUGAAGUCACAUGUUUUAACAUAUCAAAUCAGCGGGAAAAUGGGUAACUUCUUUUACAGUAUUUGUCCUGCAUUUUCCUUGUUCCCAAUCAUUUUACACUUUGCCUGUGGCAGCUUUAAACAUGUCGUCCCAUGCUAGCCAAGAAAACAAUUGACUACUAUAGAGACUGCAAAGAUUAUCCCACGGCGAUGUUUCUUCCGCUGUUUUGGUCUACGAACCAAUCUCAGACAGGACAACUUGCAUUUAUGAAUUAGGUUCCAAUCCAAUCCCUUUGUCAAUUUGUCAGUUAAAUAUUUUUAAUAUUCUUUCAAACUUCAAGCAUCUCAUCUUUGU